AUGAACACACUAAAAGACCAAUUAAAAGACGAACAUAAAAAAACUUCCGUCGACGAGCCGAAUGUCCACGAUCAGCAACGUCGACCAGUCAACAGCUGUGGUACGUCGGCAGGCAAAAGAAAAAAACGAACUUCAAAAAUUAGCAAUGACGUCUUAAAAGAAGUAUUAAACUUGCCGGAACCGGUUUACACCAGCGAUUCGGACGAAAUUAAUGAUAUUGGAGACUACUACAUGGUUGAUCACGGGUUUUUAUUCGCCGAACAAGUCCGUAAUAUAAUUCUAGGUCAAAAGCAUUCAAUGGCGUCGCAGAACAAAUUCAGUAUAGACGAAGGUUUCCAGGCAUACUGUACUGACGAAGAGACUCUAGUGAAAACACAUGUUCUGGACCAAGUUCCUGAACAAUGUCAAAAAGGAUCAGGCAAACAAAUUAGUCAACAAUGGAAAAUCGAUUCAAAUGCUAGUGAAAUUGCUUCAGUUGUUCACAAUCAAGAGACUGCCGAUUGGUUGUCCGACGAUCUUACAUCAUUACAAAGAUGUAAAUGCAACAACACGAAAUGUUCUGUUUAUUUGACACUGGCUGUUGACUUUUUAAAUAAAGCUAUGCAAAAUGAACAGCAAGAAGCUGGCGAAAUGAAUACCAAGAGGUCACAAAAGUCUAGUCGACGUCCCUGUGUUUACGAACGCAUUGUCAAAUGGCUAACAUAUUCUGCUGCCAGUACAGAAGACGAAGUAUAUGGUUAUCGUGACGAAGAUGUACCCAUACAUGAGAUACCGCCGUUUAAGGCCAAUGAUUGUUGCGUUCAAUUAAAAUUUUUGAAGUGUGACUCGAGUACCGAAAAUGUUUCCGAAGAAUGUCAACCACAUUCAACAACUGAUCAAGUAGAAAGUGUAAUAACAGAGAAAAGCGACCAACCUGAAACGCCACAACCUAUCGAAAAUACACAAAUGACUACCAAAAAAACAAAAAAAAAUCCUAAAUGCUGGUUCUCCAAGAGAUCAGAUAAAUUAAAAAACAUACCUAUUUUUAUUAAAUGAUUGAUAGUAACUCAUUUUAUUUUAAGUAAAACUUUAAACAAAAUAAUAGAAUUUUUUCGAUAUUAAUGUCUUUGUUUGAUAAUAAUUAAAUUAAUGAUUUAUAUCAAUGGCAACAAGUACUACCUAAAUCAUCUGUAAUUUAGAUUUUUGAUUUUCAAGUAGUCUAAAAAACAAUAAUUAUUAAAAAAAUUAAAGGGAUUCACUACAAUUUCUACUAAGAAAAAAGAGGAAAUGAGCCACAUAUGGUAAGGGCCUGG